GGGUGGGCGGCGCGUGACGUCACGUGAGCGGAGCGCGAGCGGCCAAUUUGGUCCAACGGUCGACGAGGCUUCGGGGGGGUCCACAGGGCCCGUCCAGCGGCGGUUUGGGUGAGGGCGGUCCGGCCUGUGUGUGUGUGUGUGUGUGAGAGGGAGGGAGGAUGGACUCGGUGCUGUACUUGGCCGUGGUGCUCUUCCUCGUGCUGCUGUGGGUCCGCAGGAAGGGAGUGGAGUACCUGCUCAUCCAUCACCGCUGGGUCUUCGUCUGCCUGUUCCUGCUGCCCCUCUCCGUCGUCUUCGACAUCUACUACUCCCUGAGGGCUUGGCUGGUCUUCAAGCAGUGCAGCGCCCCCAAACAGCACGACCAGCGGGUCCGGGAUAUCCAGAGGCAGGUCUGUGAAUGGAAGAAACGAGGAAGCAAAACCUACAUGUGCACCGGGCGGCCGGGCUGGCUGACCAUAUCACUCAGAGUCGGCAAAUACAAGAAGACUCAUAAAAAUAUCAUGAUCAAUUUGAUGGACAUUCUUGAAGUUGACACCAAGCGGCAGGUUGUCCGUGUAGAACCACUGGUAAACAUGGGUCAGGUAACAGCGCUUCUGAAUUCAAUUGGCUGGACUCUACCAGUUGUCCCAGAGUUGGAUGAUCUCACUGUAGGUGGCCUUAUCAUGGGAACUGGGAUUGAAUCUUCGAGCCAUAUCUAUGGGCUCUUCCAGCACACAUGCACAGCUUACGAGCUGGUCCUGGCUGAUGGCAGCCUUGUUAGAUGCACAGAGGAAGAGAAUUCAGAUUUGUUUUAUGCUGUGCCUUGGUCAUGUGGUACACUCGGAUUCCUCGUUGCUGCGGAGAUCAAGAUCAUCCCUGCUAGGAAGUAUGUGCGUCUGCAGUAUCAGAAAGUUUACGGGCUGAAGAAAUUCUGUGAGACGUUCAGCAGAGAGUCACAGAACAAGGAUAAUCAUUUUGUGGAGGGGUUGGUGUAUUCUCAGGAUGAAGCUGUGGUGAUGACUGGAGUCCUGACCAAUGAGGCUGAGCCAGAUAAGAUAAAUGGAAUUGGCUAUUAUUACAAGCCAUGGUUCUUUAAACAUGUAGAGAAGUAUAUGCAGCAGAAUCACAGUGCAGUGGAAUAUAUCCCCCUGAGGCAUUACUACCACCGCCACACACGCAGUAUAUUCUGGGAGCUCCAGGAUAUAAUUCCCUUUGGCAACAAUCCAGUCUUCCGCUAUAUCUUUGGCUGGAUGGUCCCACCUAAGAUUUCCCUGUUGAAGUUGACCCAAGGAGAGACGAUCCGCAAAAUGUAUGAGCAACAUCAUGUGGUCCAGGAUAUGCUGGUGCCGAUGAAGAGUCUGGAAAAGUCGAUCCGCUUCUUCCACGACGAGAUCAAUGUUUACCCCUUGUGGCUGUGUCCCUUCAACCUGCCCAGCUUGCCUGGUAUGGUCCAUCCUAAAGGUGAUGAAGCUGAACUUUUUGUAGAUAUUGGAGCUUAUGGAGAACCAAAAGCCAAGCAGUUUGAAGCCAAGGCUUCAACGCGACAGUUGGAGCAAUUUGUCCGUAAUCUGCAUGGUUUUCAGAUGUUGUAUGCUGAUUCCUACAUGACCCGAGAAGAGUUCUGGGAGAUGUUUGACGGCUCUUUGUACCACAAGUUGAGAGACCAGUUAAGCUGCAAAGAUGCAUUCCCUCAGGUCUAUGACAAGAUCUGCAAGGCAGCGAGGCACUGAAAGACACUGGGAGAUUAGCAGGAGAAGGAACCGGGUGAAGCUUUAGUUCCAAUCUAAUUUAUUUCCUAAUACGUAGGAUACAUUUUUGUGCGUUCCAUUCAUAGCGCACUUUUAAGUUCAUUUCAAAGCUUUUUAUUUCUCCAAAGAAACUAUUUCUUCUGAUUCUCAUCCAAGCCUGCUUCUCUUGAAGGAGGUGCCUCAUGCUAAAUUUUGAUUCUGCAGGCAUGAAAAGGCAUCUUGUAUCCUGUACUUUGUAUCUUAAGUGAUGAUCUUAAUGUGGAUGCCUUGACAUGCUUUGUUUGUAUCGGGAGGGAAAAGAGGGGACAUUCCAUUUUAGCCCACUAUUGUGAUACAGAUUUGGAAAUCUUGCUAGUCUGGAUACACUGAAGCUAAAAUGGAAUAUGACAAACACUGUCUUGGGGAGUUAAAUAACUUAAUACAUAAAAAAUCCUGCAGUGUUAUCCACUGAGCUACCUGGGCACAGUUGACCAUCUUUUUAGUUCUAGAAUUAUGGCUUUUUUUUCCCCACUUCAUGUGUAAUCAGUUGUGCUUCUUGUCAUUCAUUUGAAACUAGAAGACUUGUAGCAGCUCAGCACAUUCUGUCACUCACAGCUGUUAGUUUAUUUUAAAAAGAUAUAUGUUAUUCAAAAUGGUGGGUGUAAGUGCAUCUGUAAUUUUGUGUGUUGAAGGGUUUAGUAAAAAUCUAGUCAGUUAAUUGUGCAAACAGCCAUAGGCAUGAUGAAAGGCACUGUGUGAAAUAUAGACAAAAACUACAAUUACAAAAUUAGAAUUUCUUCAUGCGGUUAAAUGGCUUGAAUCGGUUACAAUCUAAUGAAUAAUAUCAUGGCAAGUCCAAGUUUUAACUUACUGGAUCCACUGUGUGAAGUGAAUGAUAUGGAAAGUUCUGUUAGCAUUUAAAUAUCAAGUGCCAAAUGUUUUGAAGUAAAUGCCCUUGAGAUUGAACACUACAGUCGAAACGACUGUGGAGAGUAUUGCUGGGAAAUAAGUAAUUAAAACUUAGAAUGGAUUUUAUUCUUUACGCAGUAAGGUACUUGUUCUGUGGUAAUGUAUGCUUUCAGGUCAAAAAUAUAUCUCUGCUUAUUGCCUUUCUGUUGCAUUCACUGUAUGUGUAUAACAGUAUUCACAUGUGUAUUUAUUAUGUAUUAUAGUGCGUGUGUGUGUGUAAUAGGUAGCUGUGAAAACAUUCAGUGGAUUGGGGGUUUGUGCUGAGCAAGGUUCUCCUUGUACAUCCUGACCAUGCUUUGCUGAAGACUGCAGAGCAUGUGUGUGUGAGAGUGAGUUGGCACUGGAUCCAAUUCCUGUUCACUCAACUCAUUGACUGCUACACUCGCUUUGCUUCACCUCCCGUUACAUACCACUAAGAGCAGCACCCCUCUCCGCCACAACAUCCAAUUAGCCCAGACUGGAGCAAAGGUGGAUUGGGAGCUGAUCCCCUUCCCCUCUCUAGCCCUAGCCACCUGCCACCUGAGAAUCAAUAGACCUCAUCCACAGCAGUGCAAAGUAGUGCUUCAGUCUUGAAGUUCUACUGAUGUUCAUAAGCUCAUCAAGCCUUGGUUAUGGUGUAUUUCCUCCAAAACCUCUGUUAAAAUACAGCUUUGUAACUGCUGUUCAUUUUGGACACUUACUGUAUUGCGAUCCCUUGGCAUUCCUUCAAUUCAGUGUAAAUUGAUUAAAAAAAGUAAGAUCAAUUUCUACUGGAUUUGAUGACCACUAUGCAUUGGAUUGUGUUGAUUCUUGGCUCCAUUGGUACAGUGUGUAAUAUGCAUAUUUGCCAAUUUAAUACUGCACUUCCUCUCAGUACUCUUUUGUUUAAAGUUAAAUGAAGUCUAUUCAAAUGUUUCAAAAUUUCUGGGCGAAGGUUCAAGCUCAUUACAGUGCCUGCUGAGAGAGUUUUGAAAGUUUUCUGUUUGUUGCUUUAGUAUUAUUGUUUAAAGCCUAAAUUUCAAAUUGAGUUGACAAAAACUCGACAUUUUGUAAAAGGUAAAUGAAAUUUAUCAAGCUGCCUGUAAAUGCUGUACGUUAGUGUGGAUAUGAGUGUGGAAUUGUGAUGCCCAAAGAGCCCAGUUUCAGCUUGCCAUACAAGUUUAACUCACUCAGUUAUUUGUUGGCUUCUAGCCUUAGCCUUUGAACUUCAAGCAAGAUAGACCAACUUUUUUACAGAAAAUUUGACUUAUUCCUCAUCUGCACUUUCCAUAAAAAGAGUGGAACCUUUUCAAUGUCUGAUACCUAUGUGAUCAAGUAUUCGAUUAGUUGUGUUUUAUGCCACUGCUUUGUAGGAUUCAAUGAGAAUUGUGUUGGUUUAGUAGUGAGAUAGGAGGUCUGAGAGAGAGAAGACAUUUUUGCAGCCCAGUGUCACUAAUUUGAUCUUCCUUACACCAUCACUAUUCUUAUAUUGGUGUAGCACUGUCGCCACUGUACUAAAAGGCAUGCCAAAAUCAUUUGCUUCAAACUUAUCUAUGUCUUAAUUGAACCUAUUGUAACGAUUUGAUGAAAGACUCCUCUGUUCUAAUUGUUUUGGAAGGAGUUCAACGUAUGUGUGAGUGGGAAUAAAAAAUCCAACAUGCUGAAUUUGAAACCGUUUCUGUUCAGAUGAACAGAAAUAAACUUUCCAUCAAUUUGUUAGAUAUUCCUGUAGAUUUUUGGGGCUGUUUGUGGGACAUUCCUUGUGUGCCAAUUGGCUGCUGAGUUCACCUACAUAUAGUCACUACACUUUAUAUAAUCUAGUGAAGUACUUUCAGACAUUCUCCUGGCAUUAAAUGCGUUAAUCAAAUGCAAGGAUUAUUAUCAAAUGUCUCUGGUACCCUUGGACUUCCACAAUACUUAUUUGAAAUGUGAAUUCUGUGCAAUUGAAGUAUUAGACCAAAUACCUGCUUAUUGGAGGGAGAGGAGGCAACGGGUGCUGUUUUGGUGCAGGGUUACAUGAAGGUACAGCCUCUCAAACCAAUGAUACAGCAGAACCUGACAAGGUCAGAGGAAGUAAUCAACCUUUUCUUAAUUUUGGUUCUUGUAUCAAGUUUAUAAUUUCUGUUCUUGCAUUUUUUUUGUUUAAAUUUGAGUAAAUGGUUCCUGAGCAAACAAAUAUACUAUGGAGGUUCGGUUCAUUUAGCUAAAUUGGAUUUGCAAUCUCAGUAAUGAUGUGUUGAAUUUUCUGUGUACUGUCCAUCUGUUGAUAACAACCACAAAAGUCGGUAAUAAACUGAUUCCAGUAUUUUGUCUGCUUGUUUUGGGAGAGGUGGGAGCUCUAAGCCUUUUGUUGAAUUCCGGCCUUAUAAUCUGCUGUUGAAGGUUUGAGAGUGCUAGUAAUUCUGAUAAUCCCCCUUUGUCAAUGUAUUGUAAAUUCAUUAAAAAAAAACCUGUUUAAUCUGGGUUUAUUUAUGGUGUUUUUAAAUAAAGUUUAACUGCUGAA